CUCUCUCUCUACCUUUCCCUCCAUUCUUCUGUCUUCAUUCUGGCGUAGCUUCCCUCAGUAGUCCUUCUCUACUUCGUCUCUCACGCAGGCCGCAGCCUGCCUCGCACAGACCCUCGGCCACAACUCACUCGCCGUGGAACCUCCCCUCACAGCCUUACGGCCUCACCUCACUCUCGCCGUCGAACCUCCCCUGCGCUGGCCUCUGAGCCUCUCAUCUUUCCCUGAGUCACGACUCACGCAGCCCCUCGCGCAGCCGGCAGCCCCUCUCUCACGUCUCUCUGUCUUCAAUUCCUCACGAUCUCAGAGUUUCACAAGUGCUGAGGAGGCGGAGAUUUAAUUGUGGAAGAAGCAAUGGCAGGAGCAGAGCAGUGGAAGAACCAUUUGGAGCAGUGGAAGAACCAACUGGAGCCGUGGAAGAAUCAACUAGAGCAAUGGUUGAACCAAGGGAUUGAAUACAUUCAGCAGAUUCCACCAACCCAGCUCUACGCUGCUCUCGCUGUCUUGUUAUUCACAACCCUUUUGCUCCUUUUGAUUCGGGUGUUAAAGCGCACGAAAUCUAAUACCAUCGUGCUAACUGGGCUCAGUGGCAGUGGGAAAACUGUUCUAUUCUAUCAGCUUCGGGAUGGCUCUUCCCAUGAGGGCACUGUUACAUCAAUGGAACCAAAUGAGGGCACUUUUGUGCUUCAUUCUGAAACAACAAAGAAGGGCAAAAUAAAACCUGUCCAUCUGGUUGAUGUUCCUGGGCAUUCUCGUCUUCGACUCAAACUGGAUGAGUUCUUGCCUCAAGCAGCAGGAAUAGUUUUUGUGGUGGAUGCUUUGGAAUUCUUACCAAACUGCCGUGCUGCUUCAGAGUACCUGUAUGAUAUCUUGACCAAGGCCAGUGUUGUAAAGAAGAAAAUUCCAGUACUCAUUCUCUGCAACAAAACUGACAAAGUGACUGCACAUACCAAGGAGUUUAUCAGGAAGCAGAUGGAGAAGGAAAUUGACAAAUUAAGGGCAUCAAGAAGUGCGAUAUCAGAAGCUGACAUUGCGAAUGACUUCACACUUGGGGUACCCGGAGAAGUGUUUUCUUUCUCUCAGUGCUCUAACAAAGUUACUGUUGCAGAAGCCUCUGGUUUGACUGGCGACAUAUCUCAGGUGGAAACUUUUCUCAGAGAAAACGUAAAGCCCUAGCCCGAUGUUCUCUCCCAUAUCUUGAAUUCGUGGUGUUUUUCGCCUGCCUGGAUAUUUGCCCCAUGUUACUGAACUAGAGAGAGAGAGAGAGAGAGAGAGAGAGAGAGAGAGAGAGAGAAGGGGGGGGGGGGGGGGGAAGAGGGAGAGAGAGAGAGGAGAUCUGAGACGUGUGAGUGGUAGUGAACUUUGAGAGGUUGACUCAGAGUGGAUGAGGAUAUCGUUCUUUAAUUAAAAGAUGUUUGAUUAAUUUAUUGAGCAA